CGACCCCAGACCUCCCUCAUCCUCCUCCCGUUCCUCCGCCAUGGCCGCUACACCCGCUGAAGAGAUCCGUGCCAACUCCUACGUCGGUUUCGACACCAUCACGCAGCAGAUUGAGCACAAGCUCUUGAAGCGCGGCUUCCAGUUCAACGUCAUUGUCGCUGGCCAGACUGGUCUUGGAAAGUCGACGUUGAUUAACACCAUCUUCGCGUCGCACUUGAUUGACUCCAAGGGCCGCCUGGAGCCGGAUGAGCCUGUCAGACAGACGACUGAGAUCCACCCGGUCUCUCAUGUCAUUGUCGAGAACGGUGUGAGGCUCCGUUUGAACAUAGUUGAUACCCCGGGCUACGGCGACCAGGUCAACAACGAAAACUGCUGGGACCCCAUCGUCAAGUACAUCAAGGACCAGCACAGCGCGUACCUCCGCAAGGAGCUCACCGCGCAGCGUGACCGCCACAUCCAGGACACGCGCAUCCACUGCUGCCUCUUCUUCAUCGACCCCACGGGCCACUCUCUGCGCCCCAUUGACAUCAUUGUCAUGAAGAAGCUGAGCGAGGUCGUCAACGUUGUCCCCGUCAUUGCCAAGGCCGACAGCUUGACCCUGGAGGAGCGCGAGGCGUUCAAGACGAGGAUUCGGGAGGAGCUCGUCUUCAACAACAUUCGUCUGUACCCCUUCGACACGGAGGAGAACGACGAAGAGGAAGUUCAGCUCAACGAGACUAUCCGGAGCAUGAUCCCGUUCGCGGUCGUCGGCUCCGAGCGCACCGUGAUCAUUGACGGCAAGCAAGUUCGCGGACGCAAGAACCGCUGGGGUGUGGUGAACGUCGAGGACGAGAGGCACUGCGAGUUCGUUCACCUGAGGAACUUCCUGACCAGGUCGCACCUGCAGGACCUCAUCGAGACGACUGCGCAGAUCCACUACGAGGCCUUCCGCUCAAAACAGCUGCUCGCACUCAAGGAGCAGACCAACUCGCGUCCGUCCGCGGCGGCGCAGUGAACGCGCCCAGGUUAACGGCGUGUGCCGUCCGCGGCUCACGCCAGUAUCCUUCAUGCUGGUGGGACUGGGAGAGCGUCUUGAUACCCCUUUCGUUGGAUUCCAUUUGCCGUUUUCAUUGCCGUCGCCGUUCCCUUGCCCUCGUCGCUACGUUCGAACGCUCGUUGCUUCGCCCGGAUGUCCGAUAGUCCGUACUCCGUAUAGCGCUCCUAUAUCUGUUGUCUCGAUCUUACAGCUUGCCUCUGUGCCUCUACGCUCCUUUAUAAUAGCAGACUUACGUGGCCUGACG